CCCCAAGUGAUUUACCUGGAUUUUCUCAUACAGUGAUUUAGUGUUUUUGAGUGGAAGUGUGAGGAUACUCUGGAGAACUUAGACCUGCGACUAAUUGAAACUGAAGGAGCACCGUGAGCAGAUAUCGAAUCACGGAAUAGCAUUGCAGCCUCCAGCUGCUAACCCACUUUAAAAAGGAGAAACAUGGGUGCGACUCUGUUGCUAAUGUUAGUGAUGCUCUCGGCAUGGCGGCUCGAGGCCCAGCGAGAGGAACUGGAGGACGUGGAGGCGUUGGACUGGUGGCAGAGGGGCGUCUUCUACCAGAUCUACCCGCGCUCCUUCCAGGACUCGAACGGGGACGGCGUCGGGGAUCUGCCCGGGAUCGGCUCCCGGCUGGACUACCUCAAGACCCUCGGGAUCACCGGCGUGUGGCUCUCCCCGAUCUACCAGUCCCCGCAAGCUGAUUUCGGCUACGACAUCUCCGAUUUCCGCAAGAUCGACCCCGUCUACGGGAGCCUGGCCGACUUCGCGCGGCUCCGCGACGGCGUCCACGAGCGCGGCUUGAAGCUCAUCCUCGACUUCGUGCCCAACCACACCUCCGACGAGCACGAGUGGUUCCAGAAGGCCCUCCAGAACGACCCCCGCUACGCUGACUACUACGUUUGGCACAAGGGCAAGCUCCUCGAGAACGGGACCCGGACCUACCCCAACAACUGGUUGUCCUUCUUCGACGGCCCCGCUUGGACCUGGAGCGAGCAGCGGCAGAUGUACUACCUCCGCCAGUAUCACCCCAAGCAACCCGAUCUUAACUAUCGCAACCCGGCCGUGCUCCAGGAGAUGCUGGACGUGAUGAAGUUCUGGCUGAACGCCGGCGUGGACGGCUUCCGCGUGGACUCGGUCAACACCCUCGUCGAGGACGACCGGUUCCUGGACGAGCCGAGGUCCUUCCUGCCAGGCGCCAGACCCGGGAGCAUCUUCUACCACAACCACAUCUUCACCCAGAACCAGCCGGAGACCUACGAGAUCAUCCGCAAAUUCAGGGCCUUCCUCGACGACUACGCCAGGAGCGAGGCCGAGGGACGCGCCUGCGCCCCUAAAACCAAUUGCGCUCGGAGUGUCACCGUCUGCAACGCUCAGAGAGACGAAUGCAGUUCCCGGAGUACGAGCGCUUGUUACGAAAAAAGCGAGGCAUGCAUCACUCAGGUGAGCGUUUGCGACACGAAGAGGACAGAAUGCGUGAAGCUUGGAGUGGUCGGCUGCGACGUUGAGAGAAGGAACUGCAGCCAAGGCGAGGGCCCUUGCAGGGCUCAGAGACAAAGAUGCGCAGAGAGGAUCGUGGAAGCCUGCAACAGCGAGAGAGACAGCUGCGGAGCCCAAAGCACAACGGCCUGCGACGCUCAAAGACAGAGCUGCGUCGCCGAGAGCAUGGAGGCCUGCAACGGCGAGAGGCAGAGCUGCGGCUUGGAGGUCGCCGGCUGCGCUGCCCAAGUCGAGGAGUGCUCCAGCGCCCACGACGGGAGCCCGCGGAGGCCCUCGACAAAGGCCAUGCUCACGGAGGCCUACACCGACAUGAAACACACCGUCCAGUACUACGGCAACUCCACGCACCCGGGCGCCCAUUUCGCCUUCAACUUCUUCCUCCUCACCGAACUCAGCCGCGAGUCUCAGGCCCAGGACUUUCAGGGAGUGAUAGAGGCGUGGAUGACGACGAUGCCGGCGGGGAAGUGGGCGAACUGGGUGGUGGGGAACCACGACAACCCGCGGAUCGCGACGCGCUUCGGGGCGGAGGUGGUGGACGCCGUGCACAUGAUCCAGUUCACGCUGCCGGGGACGACGGUGACCUACGCCGGGGACGAGCUCGGCAUGGAGGACGCCUUCAUCCGCUGGGACGAGAGCGUGGACCCGUUCGCCCUCAACGUCGGCCGCGAGCACUACUUGGACGUCUCCAGGGACGGCUGCCGGGCCCCCUUCCUCUGGGACAGCUCCGUCAGCGCCGGCUUCUCCAGCAACCCGCGCACCUGGCUCCCCGUCAACCCAAACUACUACAGGGCCAACCUCCAGCGCCAGACCAAGAACGAGAGGAGUCAUUACUGGAUAUACAGGAACCUGUUGCAGCUGAAGGAUCACCCGGUGAUCCAGUUCGGGAGCCUGAAUGUGAAAUCCACGCGGAAAAUCCUGGUCAUCGAGAGAGCCGACAAAUCUAGGAACACGGUGUUCGUGACGGUGUUCAACACGGGGAGUUUCCAAGAGAACCUCCACCUGAGCCAGGUGCUUAACCUGCCCACGAAGCAACUCUCGGUCUACGCAUCGAGCUCCAAUAGCGAACGCACCGUCGGCGUCGAAGUGGACGCCAGUAGAAUCCACCUCCGCCCGAAAGAGGCCCUCGUCCUCACCAAUGACCACCCCCUCGUCCAGAAGGGCGCCAUCGGGAACGACCGCAUGUUAUCAGGGGUCGGCAAACAAAUCCUCCACCUCCCCCUCAAGAUGCUCCUUUUCAUACUCAUAGUAGGUCUCAUCUAAACUAUCCUAUUAGGCUUAAGAUCUUAGAUACAUUAACCUGAAAAUAAUACUGAUUACUAUAGAGAGCAUUCAUAUCCUAGACGACAACGAUAUUUCACAACAUACGAUCUAUCUAUACUGUCUUUCAUCACGCAUAACAGUUAUGAUUAGUUUAAGUAGCUAAUGCAGUUAAAAAGUAGGAAUAUUGCGAGGUUCCGUUUUGAUUCGAACCGUGCGACCAGAAAGUCCAAUUGAAAUUUGCAAAAGUAGGUAAGACCACUUAUAGAAUUCGUAAAAGUUGGACAAUUUUGUAAGGACUUUCAUCGAGUUGAUGGGACUAAGAGGACAAGCAUGAAAUGAGGCCUCGCUUCUUUUUCUUACAUUUUAAUUGCUAAGAAAACAAGAAAUACCUCUCUCUAAGACUUAAGUAUGGCAAGCUUUAAAGUUUGCUCACAUUGACCCAUCUCAAUGAAGCUUUUCAAUGAGCUCCAAGUCUGAGUCAGUGAAGAGCUCAAUAGUCUGAAUCUUUUUUAGUCUAGUCAUUUACAAGUUACGCGCAAUCUGAUGCAUCAAGUUAGGAGUUAAAAUUUACACAAAUUAGAGGAUAAAAUCAUACUUUUUUUGCAAUUAAGUUCCUGAGGUUCUCUGAUUAGUAUGAUUUCCUUACUAUUGCAAUCCAGGUAUCUGGGAAAAUCCCCCAAAUCAUUGGUUAUCAAUUUCUUAAUAUCUGAAAUUUCAUGAUCGUCUUACAAGAAUUAUUGUAAAACUGAAUUCAUGAGAGGCAUUAACUUUUCCAGAAAGAGAGGUAGAAAAUGAAAAUAUCCGAAGGAGCCUUCUUGUUUUUCCCUCUGUAAAAUGGUCCUUGAAUGUUCCUUACGCUUAGUUUCUAAUCAAAUGUUCCUAGGUAUUUAAUCCGAUUACGCAUUUAAAGUUGUUUUGUACAAAUCUUUGUCGAACAACAGCACAUAUUUUUGGAUCUGGGAUCACAAAAAAUAACAUCUCACUAAAGACAAGUAUAAGAUAAGUUGACGAACGUAUGGAUAAAGUUCUCGUAUUUCUCGUACGAUAAGUACCCACUUACUUUACUCAAUUAGAUGUAAACAAAUGUUUUAGCAAUGAUUCAUAUCGUUGCUACAUUUUCCACCGAUAUGUGUUAUCAAACGUAACCGUGCCCACCGAAAUACUUAAUUAGAAUAACUAUUAUUAGAUAAAUUUAUAGAUACAUGUUUGACUGUCAAAAAUAUUUUGUAAAUGCGAUGCUGUAGCUUACAUACGGCGAACAUGAAUUAAACGCCGGAGGCAAAAAAAGUCACAAAUGAUCAAGUAUGAACAUACCCACCUAUAUCCUUACUUAUACAAUUGUAUUUAUGUUUUAUCAUCGUGAAUCUAAUGUGCCUCAAGUGUUAAGGAUUGUUGCACAAAAUCAACAGCAGACAUAAAUAUGUACCACCGAUUUAAUUUAUAAUUUAUUUAGAAUAAUGAAGACUUAAGUGAUUAAAUAAUUAAAUUGAUGUUUCGAUUAUCAAAAAUAUAUUGUGAUUGAAAUGUUAUGCAUCGCACAAAAGCACAGAAUCAGCUAUAGACGUAGAUGGACCCACCAAUUUACUUUAUUACAAUAGAUGCACACACUGAUGAAAUCAAUUGGAAUUUUUUAAUCAUUGUCUGUUACGAAUGAUUGUGAUAAUGUAGUUUGAAGUGCGGUAUGAAAUGUGCUUGUGUCUUGUGUGGAAAAUCAUAUCUUUGAUACUUUCUCAAGAAAAUUCCCGCCUGUUUUUGUUUCUGAUUUUACUUUAUUUUUUAUACAAAAUAUGUUAUGUAUAUUGAUUCUUUGCCCACGUAUAUUGACAACCAUGUAUGUUUUGUAAAUAAAGUAUUUUCCUCCAUCAA